AUGGAACAGUCGGGUCAAAACGACUCGGACCUCGGUGCAGCUUUGCGUAAGCGACUGCGCUUGAAGCGGCGCGGUGGAGCUAGCGGCUGGGAUCUAGGGGAUAGAAUCCCUGUUUCUGCUGAGCCAGGACUUACUCAUGACAUCCUUGUAUCCCGCACGUCGGUCCGGCCAAAAACCUGCAAUCAAAUGACUGGGAGGUGCAAGGGAGGCGGUUUGGAGUCGCUUCCAACAAAUAAGCUCCACAUGUCCACUCCGGGAGAACGAAAGUUCUCCCAGAAACUCAUGGGACUAGAGGCUUGCAACCUGCCCAAGGGUUUUAAAAUUUUUUACGCAAAACACAGUAAUAGAAAAGAGUCUCCUGAUUCCGGAGGAAAGCUUGGUACGGUAGCGCCAGGUGGAACGGGGUUGCUGGAGUCAUGUAGGCUACCAAAACGAAAAAGGACUAGGAUGGCGAUCUGUACUUAUAACGCACGUACGCUUGCAUCGGAAGCGGCCAUCGAAGAACUGAUGAUGCAAGCCAAGAAGAUCAAGUACGACGUCAUCGGACUGACCGAGACGAGACGACGUCACCCUCUCAACGCCGUAUAUGAAACUGGAGAAGAACUGUUCUCAGGAACAUGCGACAGUAGAGGUGUUGGUGGAGUUGGCGUCCUCGUCAACACGAGUAUGGCAAAAAACAUCGACUCUUUUGAACAACUUACGACCCGAAUCGGACGUCUGCGGAUGAGAAGAUGUGGCCCAACACCAGCUUUGAUUAUCUUCGUCGCUUACGCUCCAACAUCAAGCUACGAAGAAGAAGAAGUCGAAGCUUUCUAUAUGGACCUGGAGAAGUUCUACCGAGAAGACCAUGCCUUCUACAAGGUCAUAAUUGGCGAUUUCAACGCCAAGGUUGGCCCAAGAAGAACGCCGGAGGAACUUCACAUCGGGACCCACGGCCUACAAUGGAAUGACCAGGGGGAGAGGUUCUCCGAGUUCAUCAUGACGACUAAGACCAUCCAUGGGAACUCGCAAUUCCAGAAGCCCUCCUCUCUACGCUGGACGUGGGAGUCACUCGGUGGAGGUUCUAUACGGGAUCGGACCAUCGCCUCCUCCGAGGAAGAUUUUCCUUCACAAGGAGAGCAGAGAGAGCCGCCAAGUUCAGAAAGAGAAAUCCCAGGACUGCCAUCAACUGGGAUCUCUUCGCUACGCUAA